AUGGAUGAUGGCUGGAUGGAUAAUGGCUGGAUGGAUAAUGGCUGGAUGGAUAAUGGCUGGAUGGAUAGUGGCUGGAUGGAUGGUGGCUGGAUGGAUAAUGGCUGGAUGGAUGGUGGCUGGAUGGAUGGUGGCUGGACGGAUGGUGGCUGGACGGAUGGUGGCUGGACGGAUGGUGGCUGGACGGAUGGUGGCUGGACGGAUGGUGGCUGGACGGAUGGUGGCUGGACGGAUGGUGGCUGGACGGAUGGUGGCUGGACGGAUGGUGGCUGGACGGAUGGUGGCUGGACGGAUGGUGGCUGGACGGAUGGUGGCUGGACGGAUGGUGGCUGGACGGAUGGUGGCUGGACGGAUGGUGGCUGGACGGAUGGUGGCUGGACGGAUGGUGGCUGGACGGAUGGUGGCUGGACGGAUGGUGGCUGGACGGAUGGUGGCUGGACGGAUGGUGUAGAAAAAUGGUGA